UUAAUUUGUAUUUGACAGCUUUAAAAAAAUACUAGUUUUUCGAUCAAAUCGAUGUUUUAAUAACUACGGUAUCGGUGUAAACUUUAAAAAUGUUUAUCGUUGGACUAACAGGAGGAUUAGCUACCGGAAAAAGUACUGUCCUUUCAAUAUUUCGUGAUAAUGGAAUAGCUGUAAUAGAUGCGGACGAAGUAGCUAGAAAAGUGCUAGAACCUGGCACGAAGGCAUGGAAAGAAGUGAAGAACUACUUUGGUGAUAGUGUAUUACAUCCUGAUGGUAAAAUAAAUAGGCUCAAAUUGGGUGAACUAAUCUUUGAUGAUAUAGAAAAGCGACGAAAAUUAAAUGCCAUAACACACCCAAGGAUUCAGAGAGCCAUGAUGUUGAUGGCGCUUAAGUACUUUUUCUCAGCUCACAAAUAUGUAGUGAUGGAGGUCCCAUUGCUCUUCGAAACAGGGAAAAUGUUGAACUUUAUGCACAAAAUAAUUACUGUUAUAUGCGAAGAUCAUCAACAAUUAGAACGACUAUGUAAACGCAGUGACUUCUCAGAAAAAGUGGCCAAGAAAAGAAUAAAUACUCAAAUGCCACUGGAGCAAAAAGUAGCCAAUUCCCAUUUUGUUAUAAAUAAUUCUGGAGAUAUUGAGAACACAAGAAAUCAGACUUUAGGCAUAAUAAAAGUUUUAAGCCGAUCUAAGUUCACUUGGUAUUUCCGAGCUAUUUUUGGAAUAGCAUUUCUUUCUUUCAUAUUUGGAGUUACUCAUAUAGCUGUGAAGUUAUUUUAUAAUGAAACUUAGAACACCUAAGUUGUAAUAUAUUGUAUUAUAUCGUAAA